AUGGCGCCGGGCACGAAAUCUGAAAGCCGGACGAUGCCGGCACUGCGCCUUGCCCUUUGCGGAGAAGGGAACUCAGUGGCAAGCUGGUGGGCGCCGAUGCUACUACAGUCUCCCGCGUUCGAGGUGGUCGCUGCUUGGUCGCGGGACAAGAGCGAGGCGCUUGGUAUCGCUGCGGCUCUGAGUCUUAAUCAAAAUCGGGUGCAGGCCUACUGGGAGAAGACAAGCGAUUUGAGUAGCAUCGGCAAGUCUUCUGGAUCAGCAUCAGAAGCGAAUGAAGCAGGAGAUGCAGAUCUGGAUGCUCUUCUCCAGCGCCAGGAUGUUGAUGCAUUUCUUCUGGUUCUACCUGAAGAUUCACAUGUCAUUAUCCUUGGACAGCUCUUCCAGCGCUGCCGACAGAAGCAUGUGUUCUCCGCCAAUCUUCCUUCCUUCAACCAGUCGAUAAUGAAGCACUUGAUUGCGCUUCACAAUGGCGGGUCUUCAUGCCCGCGUCAAUCUUCCAAGACCAAAGAAGGACGGACCGGAGUCUGGAGUGUGUGCAACGUCUUCAAGCAUGAGGUCGCGGUGGCGAAGCUUCAAGCUGUUUUGAAGGAUCUGGGAACAAUUGUAGCUGGAGAGCUUAUCGCUUCAUCCAUGGUGCAGGGCGUAACAGUCACCACCGCUGGCAGUUUUGGCGGGAAACGAGUACCUCAGACUGCGACGCAGCAACGAGAGCUGCUGACAGCCGUCUGCUCAGCUUACAGUGGCCUGCUGCGGCAUGUUCUCGGCGAUCUGAACUCUCUGUCAGCGGUUCGUGGUACAAACGCGACACUUUGUGGUCAAAUGCACUUUCAGAGGGGCGCGAAUGUGGCCGUGACAGUGGAUCUUUUGAGCAAAAGCCAUGUCUUUUCGCUCACUGUCUGGGGUCUCAAAGGCUUCGGCCGUCUCUCAUGGAGCGAGGACAAGAAGGCAUUCGAGGUACAACGGUACCUCCACCACUACGAGCAUCCCACUCUCCACCCCGUGACUGGGCCGACAUGGGCAGUGAAGCAAUGGAUCGAGACUGUCUGGGACGUUUCAAAAGGAGGUGACAAAGAGUCGAAUCCCCAGAAACCGGACUUCAUGCUUGUCGACUUGGUGACAAGCUCUGCGAUGGUGGAGUCGGACGGAGUCUUCGUUCGCCUAUGUGCAACACCUCAAGGCCGCACCGAAAGUGGCAUAUUUGACCAGGUCACUAGUUCGCGGGGAGAGAAGAAAGAGCUGCUUGCAGCAGCAUAA